ACCACGCGAUGUCAGACUCAAUCCUUAUGCCUCCCACAGUUGAAAAGCAGGACGCAAUGUCUCGUCUCACAGUCGAGACAGCAGUCAAGAUCUUAUGCCGUCAACUCGUCUAAGAACCCUGCGACUUCAACAAUAUCACGGACACCUCCGCCCUCGGCCGCCGCACAGCAUCCUCAUCUAUCAUGCCGGCACGGGCCGCAUCGUCUUCCUCGUCUUUUGGAAGAUCACCACCAUCUUUAUCUGUGCUUUCUUCUGUCUUGUUGUAGCUCCAAACUACAUUCGAUCCGAGGAUAAAUCAUAUCUUCAAGCUGCCGGACUGGCCGCCUGCGGCAUCGUCCCUUUGGUCUACGUAGCCUACACCACCGCCCCCUUCGUAACCUUCAUCUACCUCCGUCUGCCCCCCUCGGCCCGCACGUCCCGGCAGCACCUCGAACGCUUCGUCCGAUCCGGCCUCCCGGCUUCCACACAGCUUCAGGUUCUCACCAUGGGUCUCGCCGGCCGGCCCCGCGCCGCCCUCGUCUCCCUCGCCGACCUCAAGCCCGUUACCGAGCGCUGGGGGCUCGUCAACUACGCCCGCGACGUGUCACGUCUCUCGGCUGCCCGGAAAUGGCACCAGUACCGCCCCGUCGCCAAGUUUGCCGUCCGCGCCCCGAAUGCGAAGGAUGUCCGUGAGGCCUGGAUAUGGGAUACGGUCCGGCCACUCUUGGGCAAGACUCAGCGCCAGAGGACAUGACAUAUUCGAAUCCUCUUUUCCUUUUCUACUUUCCAAUGUCUCAUGGAUCCACGGGCCCCGAGUCGGCCGGGUUCUAGGUGUAUUAAAGUAAGAGGCGUUCGGUGACCACCUGUAUCACUAUGUAAUACGACACGAUUUUGGCCUCACAAAAACGGACUUAUAUUAUCUUGAAGCUGGACAACAUGACUUCUCCCUCGUUACACGAUCUUUCCUUG